CAUAUUGGUUUGUUUAGAGUCAUUACAUAAUUUCUUUACUACGUUGUCAUAUUUUUAUAUGGAUGUACAUUUUUUUUGGAUAAUAACAAUAUUGUGUAUGCAUUUCAUUCUGUUCCGUUGAUAUAAGUAGGAGUUAAAGAAAUGCCUAAAACGUGAACCUAUUGUGUAGAAUGGACCAUAAUCAGCACCACCAUCACCAGCAUCACCAUCCGUCAUCUACGCCGGCUCCUGUCGUCAGUGGUCAUCCUUCUCAUCAUUCACAUCAUGCCGAACACAAUCAUGCUGUUUAUUUCAACUUUGACCUAGAUGUACCGGUUUUAUUCACUGGAUGGCUGUUAAACUCCAGAACUGGUAUAUUUGCGCUCUGUCUUGGAACACUUAUAUUGGGUAUCUUGUAUCAGGGUAUUAAACACUUACGUGUCUAUGUUCACAGAGAUAUCCCUCUAGUCAAACAUUCAGCUUUGACGAGAGAGCACGCUUUACAGACUUUACUCUACAGUAUUCAGAUCAUAGUUAGCUAUAUUCUAAUGUUAGUUAUUAUGACCUUUAAUGUUUGGAUAUUCCUCUGUACGGUUCUAGGACUUGGUGUUGGAUUCUUCUUAUGUGAAUGGCAUCGUCCAAAGAUUAGACUGGCAACCUGUCAAAAGGAUUGCUCCAAACCGAUAUCUCGUGUUAACACGGGACUAACGAGACUUAGUGCUAGUGAUGUCAAAAUAACAGAUGAUCAGGAACUGGAACCUCUCAGUGAUACCUUAGAUCAGUGUGAAAAUUGUAGAGAAACACGGUUGUAAUCUUUUCACUUUCUCUCGUUCUUUUUUCAAAAUUUCAAUCAGUGAUAUUUUUGGAAACAUUGAUGUCGCUUUACUGCCAAUGUCGGUAUGGAUAUCAGCUCAUAAGAAUUGAACGCUUUGUAUGUUAUUCAUUGCUGUUCCACCAGCAGUCUUUAAUUUAGAACUGAAUCCACAUAUUGCAAGUUUCAAGAGACAUGCAUGCUAGUGAUGUAGCGCAUCUUGUAUGAACACCUUUCUCUUGCCUAAAAAGUGCUAUGGCAUCUUUUUCGUACUGCUCAAAGAUUACAAAUUCUGUAUUUAUUCGUUAUAUCUGCAUUAAGUUGUAUAUGUAUACUGCCAUACUGUUAGAAAUUAUUGAUAGAUCUUUGACAAUUUGAAUGGUGCGACUAGGUGAGUAUCUCUAUAAGUCGUAUCUAGCUGACAUAAGGAUACAUUAUUCCUGAUAUUGCGAUAAUCAACCACCAAUUCUGACUUAAGUCGCACUAAUAAAUGUUGGCAAUAUUUUCUCAAUUUAAAGUAUAAUAUGUUAGUUCGAAAAUUGAAAAUGCUGCCAACCUUAUUUCUGAUAGAAGCUUUUUGCAAGGGAUAAUUAUUAUACUUUGCAACCAUGACCUCCUUCCAUCCGUAUGACUUAUGAAGAACAAAAUUAAUAAUACUUUUAUUUAUAUGACUGUUAUUUUAAUGUUUAAUUGUUACCUAAUUGAUUAGUUGUGGAGUGCAAUAAAAUAAUAGCAAUGGUGCUAACAUGCAUUAACUAUGAUAUUAAUUUAUUUAUUGCAUACACUAUGCUCUAUAUUUUAAUAAAAUUUAAGUUGAUGAA